AUGCAGGACCUCCCCAGCGAACGAUACUUCUUGAAGGUAUGUGCACCAUCGGGCUGCUUGCUUUCAGCAGGUAUAGCGGGUGAUGUCUAUGUGAAACUGAGAUUCUGCAAUAUGGUCACUGGUAGAAAGGUUUGCUUAGGCGUGGCUGUAAUAUUAAAUAUCAUUCAACCCCAUCUCAAGAUAUGCCAGUCACACCACCGAGCCUGAGGUGGACGUCGAAGAAUUAGUCCAAACUACCUUAGUCGUCUUCUUGGAUGGCCUGACAUCCUCGCGAUGUUGUCGCAGCGAGUACGGACUGCCUCAUUUGAGACGAAUUCUGUGUACUUCACUCUGAGGAUGGUCUUCAGGCAGUGGUGGUUGAACACCUCCAGUCUUCGCUCAUUUUCCACACACAAAUCCUGGCAUUUACAACCAUAGAGGAGGACUAACUGGGACGGGUGUCCGAUACACGCGGAUCUUUGUGGCAAUGGAGAUAUCGCGUCGGGUCCACAGGCACUUUCUAGGCAUUGUGAAGACCCCGCGACAAGCAUCUAUUCGGAACGUGACGAAGAAGAGUCGCGCACCGAAACACUGUUUAUUUUCCUGAUCUUUCAGACUCGUGCAAGAGUCCAUCGUCAGCGUAGUGGCAGCAACAGAACAAGUGACAGUUAUAAGGCAUGCAGGCUGACCGACGACGCAAAACUGGGGGUGACUACGCGGGGCUCUGUACUCCGGCGCCAGAUCGAUAAAUCGAUUGACCGAGUUCUCAUCCGAGGCCCAGGCUUCAAUCAGUUCUCGGCUUGUUUUGUUUCCGAAGUGGACGACUAUUUUGGUGGCUACGAAGUUAAACUCGUGACUGGUUUCGUAGGUGUGGGCGGCCACUUGUGAUAAUGCGUCGCCUCGUCGCACAGCUAGCUUACGCUCGUGUAUACGCGAUCCGAGCAUGCGCCCAUUCUGUCCUGUGUAGUUACAAGGACAAUUUUGACACGGAAUGCGAUAUACUACUUCAGAUUGCUCGUCAGGCUUUAACCGGUCAUUGAUUUUUAUGACCCUAUUGCGCAUGGUGGCUUUGGGGCGGUGUGCAAUUCCAACACCUAGCUCCGCAGCAAUGCGCUCGAUCGUUUCUGAAACGCCCUUGGUGUAUGGCAGAGAAUGUUAUCUCGUUGGUGGCGUUGAUGUUCGAGUUCUCUGGUGGCGACCGCGUAGGCAGCGACUUAUGAAUGCCCUCGGAUAGCCAUUAUGCACAAUCUGGUCGCGGAGAUAACGGGCCUCACGUGCUACAAUGAGUUUGGAACCGUUUGAAGAGCGUCUUCACACAGCUUCCUUUGUUAGCCACCGGAUGGUUGCUGUGAAAACUGAGAAGCUGUGUGGUGUUCGUUGCCUACCUAUAAACCGUCGUUUCAGGUUCACCGUUAAGGUUUCGUCUGACAAACACAUCCAGGAAGGGCAACUGCUGUUCCUGUUCGUCUUACCUCGUUAAUUUUAUAUCAGUCCAUUUGGCAGCAGCCUCGACCCACGGUAUUUGAAACUAUCUGCUUUAAUUUGACGACACUUAAUCCGAAGGCUGCCUUCAUCUGGUCAGUUAUGCAGCUCGGAAACACUUUAUCCUUCCCGGCGUUUAUUGAUGAAACCGACCGCAUUAGCGACUUCACGCAUCCGUGACACCGUUGGGUUGAGUCGGUGAUAUAGGCAAUGCAGGCGACUCUGAUCAGAAACCUGCUGCGAGAAACGGGCGGUGCAGGCGUGCAGGCCUUUCCUCAGUGACUGAAAAUGCUACUUCCUAAUCGCCUUGAGCCAUCCGCCUUCCUCAUCUCUGCGCCGGAUCCGUGCUCGUUCGACAAUUCUCUGCCUGUCCUUAAUAACACGUGAAAGUUAGCUGCCUCGGUGACUUAACACGCGUUUGUGACCAUUACUGAAUCACGCGGUGAGUCACAUGAUCGAUUGCGCCCACCCUCGCGUUAGUUCUCAUAUCCACCAAGACCCACCCAUACAUUAAACUUCCGACUGUUGUACCACGGGUUAUUCCACCGGGAUUGAUUGGACUCCUUUUUCAGAGUGCGCCUUUCACUGUCAUUUUGGUGUGUUACGUCAGUUUGCAGACUUGCGCAGAUUAGUGCAACCCUCACCGUUCAAUCUCUAUACGCAUUGGAAUAGUGGGUGCUAUUAUGGCCUUUGGCUUUGACUAUUGUUGUGCCAUGGGGCUAGUUUAUUCUGGCUCAUGAAUUUCCUUCUGUGUUUUGACCAAACAAAACUACAAUUUGAAAUUCCAGAGAUUAUGGUGUUUACACGCGUUGCCACACAUACUCACCUGCGAAAAGUAGUCCGUCUGAACUAUUCCAGUUUCCGCCUAUGGUUCCAUGAUUUGCCAAUAUUCCACUUUGACUUGUAGGGACCAAGGGUAGACGCUAUGCUGUAACCGUAGAAACACCCCCGAAACGACAUAAAUCAGGCGGCGACAUCUGUCGGGAAGUUUUAUUCUGUCCUGGCUGGAUGCGUUGCAGUCAGCGGGUGGCCUCUGGGCACGGGAUGACGGCUCGGAUGUCGACACGUUCGCGCGCUGAACUGAUUGAUUUACUGGCGCCCGCUAUUUGCUGACCUGUGCAACUGCGUAGGCUGUGGCAUGCAUGAAGAAAGCGUUAGGUCUGGAAUCAUGCUCUUGACGUCAUCCGGAGUGAUGACUUGUGAGACGCCUAAGGCUGACGCAUAGUGGUUUAUAAACCCAGGCCUGAACGACUGUCUGAUUCACCCUAACUGAUAUAUAAGCGAAAAGGCGGGUUCUGGGAAGGCAGUUGAGAAAACGGAGAUGCGACCACUGGAAGAAGAAUCUUUUUCGCCUGACGUUUCGGAUUCUUGCUCAAACCCACCACUCGAGACAGCCCCAGAAAAGGGUACCGGACGCACAGACGAUGGAUGCGGGGCUGCUACUUAUGGCAGGUAUGUAGUUGUAUGGCAACUGCACCCCUUGUGAGUCUACUGCCCUUAUCUGCGGCUAUCUCUGGUGGUGGAUUCGAGUGAAAGUAUGAAACGUAAAGCAGGUAUAAAUCAGCUUGACAUUCCGGCACACUCAUGAUUGCGGAUGCUCUGUGCUCAUCGUCGCCUAUGCUCUCUACUUAACUCCCUCUCCCUCACCGUGCCUUCCAGGUAAUGCUGACCAAUGGGCUCUGUGGCAGCCCAAGUUCCUGCCCAGCCAAUCGGAUUCCCUACGGUCUGCCUGGCUACGGCUACAGGACUUCGUAUAGUACAAGCGGUGAGAGUGGCGGUGAAAUUAAGGCCACGUCCGUCUUUGUUACCUCCUCGUGCUGCGGUUCGUUGCAGUUGCCGUACACAAUCUUCGGGUUUGGCGACUUUGCCAAUUAUAUUCAGCAGGUACCUGUCUCUGUGCCAUCGGCGUCGGUGAGUUUCCACCUCUCUCUGGUGUAUUUCUGUCAUUUUUCCCGGUUUUAAUUCUCCCAAUUUAAAGAACACAAGACAGGCAAAAAACUUGCCUUUCAUCACAACACUUCUUGGACUUUAUAGCGUAGACUGCUUAUGAUUCACUUUUACGAUCCUUUUUUUCACCAGUGGACGCUGUUUCUUUCACCGUUACUCCAUAAGGCGUUUAUUUUUUUGAUGCUGCAUGCAGCUUUGCCUAUUUCGAAUUAAAUUUCCGCUCAUAAAGAGUAGUGUGAGCACUCGUGUUUUUUUUCACACAGCACCUAUAGCAUGCUCUUCCAGCACAGAAAGUUCUUUCACCAUAUUCAAACACCCAGGUACCUCGGCAGACGCCUAGACACGUUUUGUCUGUGACGUGACUGCGCGAGCGGUCCACCUCAUCCAUCGGUCGCUCCAGCCCUGUCCGUUCGAUCACUGACAAACAAACCGGGAUCGGGCCCGAUCAGUUGGGCUUAAAAGACUUUUUGUGUAGAUUUAUGCAGAAAUUCCGACUAGGCUUGAGAAAUAUUAACUCAAAACUCCUGAAGGCCUAUUGAUGUGUGCCUUUUCUUCGUUGUGAAUUCGUUUAUGAUGGUGAUAGACUUGCUCAGCAUCUAUCGCUCCCUCUCCUCCCCCACCGCAAUCCGGUUUCAUGAUAAAGUCAAGAAAACCGGAGGUGGGAGAGGGCGCUAGUAGCUGCCACAUCGAAAACCCGUAUCUUGGUGUACUACCACACCCCCUGGUUCACAGCGCACACAGACCAGAAUUUUACACAACAAGGAAGAAGGGGGAUCUUGAAGAAGAAGACACGGUCGCUGGGAGAAGAGCUUUAUUAGCCUGAUGUUUCGGAUUCCUGCUCGAAUCCUUCAUCAGAGACAAAAGCAGAUACGGGGCUGCAGUAUUUAUAGGAUGCAGUCGCCAUGCUACCGCUUACCUAUGAAUAUUCACGGCUCCCCCUUCAUCAGGGAUCGUUGCACGUGGUGUGAUGGCCGACAUUCGUGUCGUUAAUUGCUGCCAUUUCAUCACGUGCGUUGGAUGCUGGUGUGAUGAUUGCUCGAUCAUCUGACCCACCGACCCUAGUGUUGGGAAAAGUGUUCACCUGUGCGCUUCCCGCGUGGCUAAUUAUUCCGCCUAGGCGAAGUCUCAGCACCGAGUAUGGAAGGGGGAGUUUAUUGCACUUGUUAAUUGACUGGGGGCCAGUAAAUCAUGACUCAAGCAGCUCCCAGCUCACGCGGUUGUCACCUCUUGCGAGAAUUUCGGCCUCGUCAAAUUUGAAUGUGUUGCCGGAUCCCGUCGAACGAGCCGCAACUUGAGAGCUGGCGUCAUUUAUCCGCACCGCUGUAGCGUGUUCGACCAUUCUCGAGCAGGAAUCCGAAACGUCAGGCUAAUAAAGCUCAUGUCCCAGCGAUCGUGUCUCCUUCUUCAAGACUACUUUCUGGGACUCGUCUCUUCGUUGCCAUAGGCAAAGAGGGGGGAGCUUUGAUCCCAACUGGCUGGGCACUGGUGCGGAGCCUGGUUGAGCCGCUGUACCUCCGAUGUUGGCAUUUGUUAUGGGUGCGCAUUCCCGACUAAGUCGCUUUUUGGUCCGUCGCAUGUGGCUCGUGGCUCGUUUUAGGGAAAAGGCGCCCGAAUAUUACACCCCUGUCGUUUUCGCAAUCUGAAUCUAGUCUGUGUCCGCAACACAAAAUGUAUGUUCAUGCUUAUAGAAGCCUGUCGUGUAGUCCUGCAUUAGAGCAUCCUAUGCAGACCUGAAUAAAAUAUCAGGUUCCAUGAUUUUUUUUACAGUAAACGACGUACCACAUGACGUGUUAACCGAAGUUCUUCAGUGAGUUUUUGAUUAGAAAGGAUUACUUGGAUGGGAUUGUAAUAUUACAGCAUAACUCGAAGAUGUUUCUGGGCGCUCACAGAAACUACACUCGGUAAGAAAGGGCUACUUAAUUACUAGGUGUUUUGGCAGACUCGAAAUAUUAAUUUGACUCGAUUGUGAAAAACUCUGCGGCCUCGGUAGGACUCAAACCCACGACAGCAAGGCAUGGCUUGAGCAUAGCCAACGCUCUAAGGACCUAAGCCACGAGGUUAAGUGAAGUAUUCAACUCUGCCAAAACCCCCUACCAACUAGGUGGGGCUGCUAGCCUCUGAUGGAUUCUAUAUUGUGAAUGAACUGCUUGGGCCGUCAGCUUACUGUGUCGGAAAUAGUGAAUUCCGUACGUUGCAGUAGACUGGCGGGUAACUCGACCCAAAUGUGACUACACUCGCGGCCCCCGGGGAAGCCUCGUAUCUCACGUAGUUUCCUAAAACACUUUUCGUGCCCGGUCGCGUUCUCCUUCUCUGCCGCGUGGGUAUUAGGGACAAGCGUCGAGUGCGCAUAUGCUCCAUGUGAUUUCAAGUACCAGGCCAGGUCAUAACACAUCUACUACACAAUUUUAUGAGUUAUGUAUGGCACCCUCCUAAAAGGAUUGAGGAAUGUGUGAUUUACCUUGCUUGGAGAGUUUAUAAAUCAUCAGUUGCAGAGUUCUAGCCGCAUCCUGUCAUACUGACGCCCCCCGUUUGUGGUUUUUCGUUGGGUAUCACUUCUGCCUAUCCUGUUUCUUUUUGUCAAGACUCCGAGAGAACACACCCUCACCUUCAUUGUGCCUAAGGCCCAAGUUGUUGUCAUCCCUUAUCCGCCGGACAGGCCACAGGAGUAAGUCCCUCGUCUUUCACUUCCGCUAAUGCUACUAGUGAUAAUCAUAAUGCUAUGCAUACUACUACCACUACUGCUGGCACUGAUUUCACCACCCAUAGCCAGCGUUGAUAGCAGCCACCGCACCCUGGGUGCUGGGGUGGCGUGCGUGUGAAUUUGCUUACGGCAGUUAGUCGUCUGCCAGCCAAGUGUGAAGAGUCCCCAUCUACAACAUAUGUGCGCGUGGGCUGCUUUCAGUAUGGCGCAGUUGAGUGCAACCCUUCAGAAUCACAGAGUUUCGUAUUUGCCGAGUUCUUUGCCUUCCACACACAACUAGAGACCUAGUGGCGCCGUGGCAACCAACGACCUCUCCACCUCCACCUGGGCGCGGUGUAGAGUCAAGAAGACCGGAGGGGGGGGGAUCCGGUGCAGGGGUGGACCUCCUCCUAGGCGUGCCACCACAAUCAUGUAUGAUGCUCGUUCCGGGUGCGCAGUUCAAUAACGCAUGCCGUAACUUUAUCCGGUCCCUAUGUUGUCACAGCACAAUUCCGGCACUAUCCGUUGUUGGAUUACUUUACGCUCAGUGACUGAAGAGGCCGGACUCGAACUCCAGGUCCGCCAAACCUGUGGGUCGGUAUGGUUGAACAACGACGAAGAUAUAUAAGCCAGCGACGGCCAUUCCGGUCUCCCUUGCCUUUACAUGUAUUUCCGUGUCUCUAUGUAUUGUAUAUAUCCCGGAUGUUCAGAAGACAUGCGACGUCUCCUGCUUUUUUACACGAGCCUCCCCCUAGGCGCGCAAUGGCUUUCAGGCUGUUGAACAGUAUCUUUUUCAUAGAUAUUUUGGCAGAUUUUGAAUAAUUCAUACUGACCCAACUGUGAAAAACUCGGCGCCUCGGUGGGAUUCAAACCCACGCAGUAAGAGGAAGGCUUUAGUACAGCCAACGCUCUAACCACUUGAGCUGGCCGUCUCAUUCUCAGGUGCAAUGGUGGUAAGAGCAUUCCAUUGCUAGUUUUUAUACCGAUCUCCUGACGUGAUCGCAAUAAUCCUCAAAUUAUUGGCUGUCGCAACUGAGCGAUAUUCGCUUGAUGAAGUAUUUCGCCUUUCCAGUCGCGUUGAGCUGGGUCACAGUCAGGGGACAAAGGAUUACAGCAUACCGGUAUCCUCUUUGGACUUUCGAACUGGCUACCGCCACUUAAUACCACAUUCUUCGGUACCCCAAGGGAUGUGGGUUAAGGUGUUAUUUGCGCCGAAGAACAAGCGUCGGAUCACGUGACUGUACACUUGCAACUAAGCGGUGUAAGCACAUGCUUUUGGGCACGCGUAUUUAAGCGGUGUAAUGUUGGCCGUCCACACUAUCCCUGAAUCGAUUUACAAGCUGCUUCAAUUUCAACGGCCCUGUCGCAUACAGUCAGACUUCGAAGGGCGUAUGCUUUUUUAACCCAAAUGGCUAACUCAAUUCUAGUACGUCGAAUUAAUUCCAGGAACCGAUCGUUAUUGAUGCCGUUAACUGACUUCCGUCUCAGUUGGAUUUCAGAAGAAGGCCUUCUGUGUCUCUCAUGGAUCUGUCAGGUAGGGGGGCACGUUUCAAGGGUUUCGUUACAAUGCGAAACAUCCGCACGCACUCAAUAAACCGUCCUUGGCAAUUAUGAGGCAGAGACGUUGAUUAAGGGAAAUUUUUUGCCAGCGACUGUGGUGUAUUUAAGAGCUGGCGCGACGAUCUUUCGCCUGAUACACACGGUGCAUCCACCUAUCCUGCCUGGUGAAACUUCCCUUUUCCUUCGUAACUCUUUAGCAUUGGUGUGAGGAAAGGUGUGUUUGAAGACACAAGCGAGCGCAUGUUAGCUGAAAGCCGACUUGCGUGCGAAACGUCUGUCUCAGAAGCUCUGCGGCCGCUCUCUCGUUUGUACGCUAAUUUUGUGGUUUCUCUUUCCGGUCUCAUACACCAAUAAGGCAUUUUCUUUUGUCUCCCUCUCCCCCCCCCCCUAGUUGGCAGUCGAAGCUCUUCCUGGAGCCGCUCUACAACAUGAAGGUCAUCUACGUCGCAAUUACACUGAUUUGUACUUGUGUCCUUCUGAUCAUCAUAAUUAGCGUUCUGCAGUACUUGGAAGUGCGCGCCGACCGACAGGAGCAGCUUCAGGAGUCACAGAGGUUCCAUUUUGAUGCCAUGUGA